CGCGCGCCCAAGGGAUGGUUUUCAGCCCUACUCCUGGGAUCCAAACACCAAUCGCGGUUCGGCUGAUAACCAGAUCUCACGACCCCACCAGACUGGGGACCCCCUGACAUGGUGUCUGUGAAGUAUGAUUGGUUAAAUGAGGGUUUGGCCCUACGCGACGGCGGAGCAAGGCAAUGCGACGGUAAUGGGAGACGCGGACUACCCCUCUCGUGAGAACCGAUCGCAAUCUUGUUACCUGCAUUGGCUGCUAGGAAACGUGCCAGACUCAAAUGAUGAGUAUCCGCUUCCUGAUAUAUUUGAGUGUAAACACAUGACCAGAUACCAGGGACCAGCACCAGCCAGAGGAACGGGCCUGCACAGAUACAUCUUUUUGGUCUACAAGCAGAAAGGAAAAGUGAGGUUUAAGGAGCCGGAUUUAUAUCCCGACGACGGUGACGACGACCGGGUUAAUUUCUCGCCGAGAGAUUUUGCUCGAAAGUACCACUUGGGCAAACCAUGGGCGGUGUCCUUUUACUUGGCCGAGUGGGUGCAGCCUCCCCCGUCGACCACUUACGAGCCUUGGGACUUCACACCCGAAACUGAGGGCCCGGGUGUCGGCGACUGGAGUAUAGAGGAACAUGACGAGUAUCUCGAUCAAGAAAGAGAGAAGGAAAGGAAAAAAGAAAUAGAGAGGAAGAAAGAUGGCAAAAACUCAAAAUAGGUUGAUAACAUUUGGACUAUAGCAAAAGUGUUGCAAUAGUAUUUUCCUAAAGGAAAUACACACGCAUUUAAUUUAUUUAUUCACCACUUGAGUAUGAAUACCUUCAUAUUUAUAAUAUCUCAUAAGGCGACUGGGGUAUAAAGGAACAUGACAAUUAUCUCGGUCAAGAAAGAGAGAAAGAAAGAGGGAAAGUAUUAGAGCGGAGAAAGAUGGCAAAAAAUGAAAAAAAGUUGAUAGCAUUUGCACUAGCUCAAUAGUUGCAGUAGUAUUUGCUUAAAGGAAAGACACACGCAUUUAAUGACUUUAUUCGCCGCUUUGGUAUAAAGACCUUAUUCAUAUUUAAAUCAAGAAAUAUGCAAAUUUAUUUCAAAAUAAAAGACUAUUUUUUUUUUCCGAA